AUGCCUCCACGCAGACGGCCGCAAUUCACACAAGAAAACAUCGACCAAUCUCUCCAACAGAUACACCUUCUAGACCCUUCCUCCUCCACAGAAAAUCUUGAACAACUCGGACCCAUAAUCAAACAAAUACACACCAAUCGACAGCAAGACGCCUACCUCCGCACCCUGCAAUCGCUCAUCGACUCGAAGGAUGCCGAAAUCGAAGGAAUAUGCGGCGACAAUUACCAAGAUUUUAUAUCUUCCGUGUCGACGCUGUUUACGGUCAAGUCGUAUACAGAUAACUUGAGGGACAAGAUCACGACUUUGGAUACGAGCGUCAGUCAGGUUGGAAGGGGUUUGGCCGAGAAGAAGAGAGCGUUGUUGGGCAGUAAGAAGACGGCUGCGAAUCUGGAUGAGGCGAUUGAUAAUAUGCAGGCAUGUUUGAGGGUGUUGGACGUGGUACAUAGGGUGGGCGAAAUGGUCGCUCAGGGGAAGUACUGGAGCGCUCUGAGGUCUUUGGAGGAUAUACAGAGUAUGCCUGCUACCUCGCUGUCCCAGACGCCUCUAUUCCAGCAUAUUCUCUCCUCACUACCAUCUCUGCGCAUCCAAAUCAAAGAUGCAGUCACAGCGUCCAUGAAGCAAUGGCUUCUCGAAAUCCGUAAUAUUAGCGCGCAGGUUGGGAGGUUAGCUCUUGAUGCUAUGGAAUUCCGCACGAAACGGUGGCGAGCACGACGGGAGAAGGAUCCCAUGCUGCGACUGUGCCGGGUGGGGAGCGCAGUCGAGACGGUUACUUAUGAGAAGACGGAAUAUAAUGUUCUUGACAAUGACCAACUGAAGGUCGACUUCAAGCCGUUGUAUCAAAGCAUACAUAUCUACACCACCCUCGAUUCCAUCGACGAACUACACAAGUCGUACCAGGCAGACCGAAAAGGUCAAUCAGAACUUAUCCUUCCCUACCCACUGCAACUCUCCUCCCUCGUCUCCCUUACGGAAGAAGUUACUGGUUUCUUCAUCAUCGAAGCCCAUGUCAUGUCCACCACAGGAACUUUCCGCUCCGCGCGGGAGGUUGAGGAAUUAUGGGAAGCUCUGGUCGGAAGAUUAACGGGUGCGGUGGAGGGAGCGCUGAGAGACCAGACGGAUCCAGAAGCCUUCUUGAGGGUAAAAGAGGAUUUGAUGGCAUUCAUCAUCACAUUAGAGACCUACUCGUACUCGACGCAGUCCUUGCAUUCGUUCGUGCUGAAACUGUUCGAGAAGUACGCGAUGCUCCUAGAGAAACAAUUUAGCAAGCGUUUCAAAGAUAUCAUGAUGCAAGACGACUAUAUCUCUAUGCAAGUAGACGCGGUCACUGAGCGGGACGCAGUCCUCAAAGUGCUCUGGCUUACCAGGCCAGAGUAUGAGGAGAUGGCGAACGCACCGACUCCCCUAGUAUUCCCUUGGUCGCAAAGUUUCUAUCUAUGCUGCCAAGAUAUUCGAAGCUUCGUCCAACGAUUUUAUCAGUUCAUCGAAGGCGUUUCGCAACACCACAGGAACGUAGACGAACUCUUAUCCAAGUCACUCGAUACAAUCCUAUCAGAACACGUCGCGCAAAGCCUCGAGGAGCGGAUGAUGAGCACGUCUACGCUGACUCAAGUAGCUCAGAUCAUCACCAAUCUCGAACACUUCGAGAUCGCCUGCGUAGAGCUCGAGCGAUCCCUGACCAGCCUCCGCUCCGUCCAACGCGGUGGCACCAUCCGCCUCACCGCCGGUCCUUCCUUCAACACCGCCCUCACCAAAUCUCUAACGCGCAUCACCUCCCUCAUCACCUCCAAGCUCGACGAUUUCUUCGAACUGUCAGAGUACGACUGGACGCCUAAUAACCGCGAAGACGCGCCGAGCAUGUAUCUCUACGAGCUGGUGAACUGGUUGACGACGGUAGUGGAUUCGCUGGUGGUGAAGGAGAGGUAUAAGGACGAGGCGUAUAAGGGCGCGGUGGGGUAUAUCGCGCAGUGUUUGAUGGAUUUCUUGACGGAUAGGAAUAUACCGAUGAUGAAUGAGAACGCCAUCUCGAAUAUAUUGGUCGACGUCGAUUUCCUCGAGGAUCAGCUCCGCUCGAACGGCCGCCAACACCUCAACAGCCAUUUCACCGAGCUACGAUCCACGACAUCCAUCGUACUCUCCAACGCCGUCCAAGAAUACCUCAUCCCCGCGAACCGCCAAGCCUCGUACAACACCGUCCGUCCAAAACGGCUACAAGCUCUUCUCGAGAAACUGGCGAAGUACGGCGGGACGAAGAAGGAUAAUCUGUCGAGGGAGCUUGGGGAGAGGAGGAGGAAGGAGGCGGAGGCGGUGGGGAGGUUGUUCCCUGGGGAGUCCCGGUGAUGGGUUUAGGGCGCAGGGUUGAACAUUGAGCUUUGACUGGCAGAUGAUGUCGACCGUUUCCUUGGACUUGGACGGAUGUUCAGUAGAGGUUGAGGAUCUUGGAGGCCUUUGAUGCGGUACUUGAAGGUUUUGGUUCAUACCCUAUCGGGUAUGCCUAUGUACUGUUACUUACGCUUACCUCUGUAUUUGUAUCACGAUACCUUGCCUGUAGUACAA